AUGGAGAAGAACAACGACAACAGCCCGUCGAACCUUUGGACCCGUCGAUCACACAAGCUCAGUCUCUCCACCAGCAAGCCCGACCACAAAGACAACCACGACUCGCCGUCGGGCAAGCGCUUCGGUGCUGCGAGUAGCCACGGCAAGAGCAGCCCAUUCAAUUCCGUCGGUCACAUUUCUACCUCUGCCGUUGCGUCACCAACCAGUGCUGGCGCGGCCUUUGGACUUGGGAGUGGCGCGUUUGCAAGUUUUGGCAACGCUGGGAAGACACCCAAGACACCUGGAGCGGCCUUUGACAAUAAGCUUGGGGGAGAGAAGAAGGAGGCAACAGAGGAGCACAGCAAGGACAGCCGGACAAGACCGCCUCCACGCAAAUCAUUAUCCACCCUGCGCCGACCCAGUUCGGCGGCCAUCGAAACUGUCCAACCUCCCUCGAAAGAGAUUGUGGGCGAGUACCCUCUGAAGAACGCCUGGAUCAUCUACUACAGGCCAACGACGAACAAAAACAGCGAUUACGAAAAGUCCAUCAAGCCCCUCUGCAGAGUGCAGUCUGUGCAGGCUUUCUGGACGGUAUACUCACACCUCAAACGACCCAGCGAUCUGCCGACUGUCAGCGACUACCACAUCUUCAAGGAGGGCAUACGUCCGGUAUGGGAGGACGAGGAGAACAGACGCGGUGGAAAGUGGAUCAUGCGUCUCAAAAAGGGCGUUGCAGACAGAUAUUGGGAGGAGCUGUUAAUGGCCAUCAUUGGUGACCAGUUUGGGGAAGCUGGAGAGGAGGUCUGCGGGGCUGUUGUGAGUAUGCGUCUCGGCGAGGACGUCUUCUCUGUCUGGACGAAGAACAACGGCGGCCGCAAUGUCAAGAUCCGUGAGACGAUCAAGCGGGUGCUGAGCCUACCAGCGGAUACCAGUCUGCAGUGGCGCAGUCACGACGAAAGCAUCACGCAGCGACAUGCCGUAGACCAAGCGCGACAGGAAAAGGCCAACCAUGAGAAGCGCCGCACCACGCCUGCUACCGAGAAGGAUGGCAUUGAGUAG